UUCUUUACAUGUAUUGAACUUCCAAACCUACAAAUACCAUUAGUAAUAAUUACUUAAAAUUCAGAGUCAAUGGCACGCCUGAUUAUUGCUGCACUCCACUCGUAGGAGGCCAAUAGUAAGUUGGCUGAAUUGAGGGAGUAAAUGGCCACUGGGAUAGAAUCUUCGUCAAUCACAUCCGAAUGGUUGAAGCAGCACGCGCAACUGUAUAGUGAAGCAACCUUCCAUCCUUUCAUACAAAGCAUUAAGAAUGGAUCCAUCGACUUCAACUGCUUCAAACGUUGGCUUAGCCAAGAUUAUAUAUUCGUAAGGGAAUUUGUACGCUUUCUGGCAAGCGUGCUCCUGAAGACACCAAAAAACUCCACUGCAGAUAUAGAUAUCAUACUUGGUGGCCUGGCUGCUUUAGAACAGGAAAUUUCAUGGUUUAAAAAGGAAGCAUCGAAUUGGGAAGUUGAUCUUAUAAAUUGCAAUCCUCAAAAGUCAAACCAAGACUAUUGCAGGUUCCUUGAAAGUCUUAUGCAACCGGAUGUUGAGUAUGCUGUUAUAAUUGUGGCAUUCUGGACCAUUGAAGUGGUAUAUUGCGACAGUUUUGCAACUUGUCUCGAAUCUGAUGCUAAGACUUCACCAUUGCUUCUUGAAGCCUGUCAACGAUGGGGCAAUCAAGGGUUCAAGCAGUACUGCAUGUCUCUCCAGAAAAUUGCAGAUAAAGCUUUAAAUAGUGCUCCUCAAGAUGUACAACACAAAGCAGAGGAAACCUUCACACAUGUUUUAAGGAAUGAAAUUGAGUUCUGGAAUAUGAGCUAUGGGUAUGACAUGAAGUGAAAAGUUGUUCUGUUGUAUCUGCAGUUUUUCAUUUUCUUUUGGUGUGAUAUUGGAGUUAUGUUCUGUUGCAACUUCUUAUUUAGGACCAGGCUCUAGAGACAUUAGUUUCUUUUAUGCACAUGUAUCAUAAAUAAUCAUCUAUGAUCCACACUGGAUUAUGGAAGAAUGAAUUGAUUGAAUGGCUUGGGCAUGAAUAGUGUAUAAAAUAUGCCCAAAUUGCCACAAGGAGCUUCCGGUCAGUAAAAUAAAGCUCAAGCAAACCAUGAAUGGACUUAAAGAGAGGAACAAAGGAUUAUUUUAAUUAAUUACCAGAGACCUCUUAAUUAA